GUGCUCAUAUUGGCAAUGGUUUGCAGAUGGGGAUUCUGCGCAUUAUGAUUGUACAAUUUGUCACCAGGCGGAGGAAGUGUUGGGAAUAAUCAGUGUGUCUGCACAGCUGUAACUGCCGACCGGUGUGGGAUAAUGGGUGGGAGCUGGCAGGCUAGACGCUGCUCUGCCCUUGCCAUGCAUAGGCUCAUGUAUCUGCUGAUCCCCUGGAUCCCUUGGAUGAAUGCUGAGGACAGCGCCAUGGAGGAGAUCGCUACGGAGAAAGAGGCAGAGGAGAGCCACCGUCAGGAUAGUGUGAGCCUGCUGACCUUCAUUCUGCUGCUGACCCUCACCAUCCUUACCAUCUGGCUCUUCAAGCACCACCGAGCACGCUUCUUGCACGAGACUGGCCUGGCUAUGAUCUAUGGACUCAUAGUUGGUGUGAUUUUAAGGUACGGCUCACCUUCCUCCAGCGGCCAUGACAAGCCAAUCAGCUGUGCUCAAGAAGAAAGAGCAUAUACUACCCUCCUCGUCAACGUGAGCGGAAAGGUUUUUGAAUACACCUUAAAAGGUGAAAUCAGCCCUGAGAAAAUACAUAAUGUGGAACAGAAUGACAUGUUGAGAAAAGUUACUUUUGAUCCUGAGGUCUUCUUCAAUAUUUUAUUGCCACCCAUCAUUUUCCAUGCAGGGUAUAGUUUGAAAAAGAGACAUUUCUUUCGAAAUAUUGGAUCCAUCCUGACCUACGCUUUCUUUGGUACAGCGGUCUCCUGCUUUAUAAUAGGAAAUCUCAUGUUUGGAGUAGUAAAAUUAAUGGAUUUUGUCGGACAACUAAAUGGCAAGUUUUAUUAUACAGACUGUCUCUUUUUUGGAGCCAUCAUCUCUGCUACAGAUCCAGUGACUGUCCUGGCGAUAUUUAAUGAACUGAGGGCUGAUGUGGACCUGUAUGCGCUUCUGUUUGGUGAGAGCGUUCUGAAUGAUGCAGUCGCCAUAGUGUUAUCAUCGUCUAUUGUUGCUUACCAGCCAACUGUUGAAAACACCCACACUUUUGAUGCUGCUGCAUUUUUUAAAUGUGUUGGAGUCUUUGUUGGAAUAUUUAGCGGUUCUUUUGCCAUGGGUGUGUGUACUGGAGUUGCAACCGCACUUGUGACCAAGUUUACAAAGCUGCAUUGCUUCCCCUUGCUGGAAACUGCACUCUUCUUCCUAUUAUCUUGGAGCACUUUUCUUCUGGCUGAAGCAUGUGGCUUUACAGGUGUAGUCGCUGUCCUGUUUUGUGGAAUUACACAAGCCCAUUACACAUAUAAUAAUUUAUCUGUGGAGUCACGGGCCAGAACCAAACAGCUGUUUGAAGUCCUGCAUUUUCUAGCUGAGAACUUUAUAUUUUCAUACAUGGGUUUAGCAAUUUUCACUUUCCAGAAGCACAUGUUUAGUCCGAUCUUUAUUGUUGGUGCCUUUAUCGCUAUAUUUGUAGGAAGAGCUGCUCAUGUUUACCCACUGUCAUUUUUUCUGAACUUGGGAAGAAGACACAAGAUUGGUUGGAACUUCCAGCACAUGAUGAUGUUUUCAGGUCUGCGUGGUGCAAUGACAUUUGCUCUGGCCAUUCGAGAUACUGCGUCAUAUUCGCAUCAGAUGAUGUUCUCCACUACACUUCUCAUUGUGUUUUUCACUGUCUGGAUUAUUGGUGGUGGCACAACCCCUAUGCUUUCCUGGUUGAACAUAAGAGUUGGUGACCAUAUCCCAUCAUCGGAGGAUGUGAACGUUAGACGUUGGCAAUAUUUCAGAGUUGGAGUUGAUCCAGAUGAAGACCCACCGCAGACUAAUGACAGCUUUCAAGUUCUGCAUGGGGAUGUUCCCAAUUCCAUUGGUACAAGUCGGACAAAGCAAGAAAGUGCAUGGGUGUUUAGGUUAUGGUACAGCUUUGAUCACAAGUAUCUGAAGCCAAUGCUCACACACAGUGGCCCUCCACUGACUACAACACUCCCCAGCUGGUGUGGACUGAUUGCUAGAUGCUUCACAAGCCCACAGUUGCAUAAUAACCAAGAGCAAUUGAGAGAGGAUGAUGCAGACUUUAUAUUAAAUGAUGGGGAUCUCACACUGACCUACGGAGACACAACCAUAACUGCUAAUGGAUCCUCAGGUUCCCAUACAGCAACCACAAGCCUUGAUGGCAGAAGAACCAAAAGCAGCUCUGAGGAAGCUCUUGAACGUGAGCUUGGAGGAGGAGAUUAUGAGAUAACAAAUAGAGGAACACGAUUGGUGUUUCCUCUUGAGGAGAAUGCAUGACCGGUAGAUCCAACUUGAGAGAAAGGGAAAAAGACAUGCACCCAAAAAUGGUGCCAGGAGCAUCUCAGGCCCAAUGUGGUGAAGAGUAGAGAUUCAGUUCACAAGCUAAAAGUAUGGCAGUCGUUGUGGUACUGAAAGCAGAAAAUACAACACAAUGAGUACAUCUGUUAAUAAGCCUCUCAAUUUGGCAGAAAAACACACAAAAACCAUAGUCUUUUCCUCUGUAUCUGUAAAGAGAUAAAUGUCAACAUCUGGUUACAGAAUAUUUACCUUGUAUUAUCCACUACCUAUAUGAGGUAAAUGUGACUGUGUUGCCACUACCAUAUGUGCAGCUAUUUUCACAAGCCGCAAGGAACAAGCUCUGCUAGAAAGUGCUGUUAUUUAUAAGUGAAAGGCAAUUGUCAGUUUGGGAGAAAGUAUUAUGAACAUUUUUUUUAUUUUACAUUAAAAAUGUAGUAUGUAACAUUGAAAAGCAUGAACACAAAAUUUUAUUUCAGAAAAGACUCUUUCCAAAAGGGAGGUAAAGUUGGUUUCUUUAUAAGCAUGACAGAAAUGUAAAAAUUGUAUCAAACCAAUCUUUUGAAGAUCUCCAUAAAAAACUGUAAGACUGCAUCUUUGGUAUUGGUAACAUAUAUAUAAAUUAUUUUAUUGGUAUUACAGAAUAAUUAAGAGCAAAAAUAUGUGCAAAAUAAGUUACAUUGGUUUGAAAAAGUAAAAUAUUAAAAAUAAACUUAAUUGACCCUAA